UGGUAGAGGGAAGUCGCAGGCCAGUACUUAGGGCCUCGCCGCCCUCGGGCCGGGCCUUCUUUGCAUUCUCGCACGCGCUGGAUGUCCAGUCCGCCGCAGCCGGGGAGUCAGUGUGGCGGCCACUGGGCCGCAUCAUGGUGACCCCCUGCCCGACCAGCCCUGUAAGCCCUGCCGCCCGGGCUAGGAGGCGGGACAAUGACCAGAACCUCCGUGCCCCGGUAAAGAAGAGCAGGCGUCCACGCCUCCGGAGGAAGCAGCCACUGCAGCUUCUGGACCCGAGUCCGCUCCCGGGAGAUUCUGGAGUUUGCGACCUGUUCGAGUCCCCCAGCUCCGGCUCGGACGGCGCAGACAGCCCCGCAGCGUCCGCGGCACGAGGCUGCAGCCCCUUACCCGGCCCUGCCCAGCAGUUGGUACAGCUAGACCUACAGACCUUCCGCGAUUACGGUCAGAGCUGCUACGCCUUCCUCAAGGCGCGGGAGAACCACUUCCACCCGCGGGAGUCGCUGGCGCGGCAGCCACAAGUAACGGCGGAAUCCCGCUGUAAGCUGCUCAGCUGGUUGAUACCGGUGCACCGCCAGUUCGGCCUCUCCUUCGAGUCUCUGUGCCUGACGGUGAACAUUCUGGACCGCUUUCUUACCACCACGCCUGUGGCUGCAGACUGUUUCCAGCUGCUCGGGGUCACGUCCCUGCUCAUCGCUUGCAAACAGGUGGAGGUGCAUCCACCGCGCGUGAAGCAGCUCCUGGCCCUGUGCUGCGGCGCCUUCUCCCGGCAGCAGCUCUGCAACCUCGAGUGCAUCGUGCUACACAAACUGCACUUCAGCCUGGGCGCGCCAACCAUCAGCUUCUUCUUGGAGCAUUUCACGCACGCGCGCGUGGAAGUCCGGCAGGCCGAAGUCUCCCAAGCCCUGGAGGCGCAAGCGCUGGCUAGAGGGGUGGCAGAGCUGAGCCUGGCAGACUACGCCUUCACCAGUUACACUCCCUCCCUGCUGGCCAUCUGUUGCCUGGCUCUGGCUGACCGCCUGCUUCAGCUCCCGUGCCCCGUGGACUUGCGCCUGGGCGAGCACCCCGAGGCAGCGCUGCAGGACUGCCUGGGCAAGCUGCAGCUACUGGUAGCCAUAAAUGGAACCUCCCUGACUCACAUGCUGCCCCACCAGAUUUACGAGAAGUGCAGCCUGCCUCGGAGCUUGAAAUAAAAUAGACCCUUGGUCUCCUUUUAUCCCUUGGCCAAGGAGCUGGACCUUUCCCAUUGCUUUGAGAGAGUGUAGUAUUGAGCCACAAAGAGGGGUUCAGGGCUCCAGCUUGGUCACCCGGUCAUCCUGUGCAUUGUAAAUCACGUACAUUGCAGCGUCUAGUCGUUUAUUUUUCUGAGGGCACAUGAGAAGAGUCUUUCCCCAACAAACAGGCUGUUUGUCAUGGUUUGUCUGAAUGCUUCUAUUACCUUUGUUUGUCUGCAGGGAGGUAUAGUGAAGGCAGCCCCAGAAUAGAGGUGGUCAGCAACAGUUGAGGGGUCCUCCCUCCCUCUGGGUCCACUCUGUAGUUGACAUCUUUAUGUAAUAAAGCCAGGUCAGGCAAUGUCCAGGUGACUGCGGAUCCAGUUACAAGGCAACUCAGGGUCAACUUGUAGGCCUGUAUCCCAUGACCCUCCUGUCAGAAGGCUGAGGACUGCACACCCCCAGAGGUCCAAAAGAUAUGGUGGGGUGUGAAGAAUAGAAGCCACAGCAGUCUAUGCUGUCUAGAGAAGCGAGGGUGCACAUGCUGGUGCCAAAGAUGCCUGGCCUGGAAGCUUUGGACACUGCAGCUCCACUAGCAGAGGGUGAAGCAAGAGCUACCCCAACAACUAACAGAUGUUGGAAAUCAAGGCUUUGCAGGCAGUUGUGGCCAUUACUAAUCGAGCCCAUGUAUCCUGCAAUCACAUCGUUCAACGGUUCAUGUUUCUCUUAGCACCUGUUACACCUGAGCCCAGGGUAACAAAUGGCAUACCAGUAAUCAUGGCUAUCAUUGACUGCUUAAUGUACCAGGCAUUGUGUUGAGAAUUCCUCAUUUCAAUCCAACAAUUUUAUGAGGCAGUGUCUAUUAUCCCAUUUUUCAGAGAAGAACACUGGGCCUCAGAGAGGUUAAACAACAGUGCAGCAUCCAGGGUUUGAAGGCAGGUGGCCUAAGUUCAGUCCCUCCCUUAGCCACACUGCUCAACUUCCCUAAUUUACAGGUUUCUAGAAAUGCUCCAAAAACCCUGUUUCUGAGAUAGAUGUGGCUAUACCAGUCCCUAACACGGGGCUGUUGUGAAGCCUAAAUGAGAUUGUUGUGAGGUAGUAUAAAGUUGUGAUUAAACAAGUGGGUUUGGAGUCAAUUUGCUGGGUGACCUUAAGCAAGUCUCAUCUUUAUGUCUAAGUCUCUUCUCUAAAAAUAGGAGUAACAGCACUUAUCUGGUAGGGUUGAAGAAUGGAUUUAAUAAGAUAUUCCAUAUAACCCCUCCCAGUACAGGCACUGGCACAUAGCAAGUCUUCAAGAAGGCUAGUGGCAGCCUGCACAGAAAAAACUUGGAGAAAGAAAUAGAGAUAAAGCAAAUAUAGGGAAAUGUUAACAAUUGGCGGUGAACAUGCUGUUGUUCAUUAUACUGGUUUUUCAAAUUUCUAUAUGGUUGAAAACAAAAAGUUUUUGGGGAAAAGUCAUGUAUGAUUGCA